UUGACCCUAGGCUUUGUCCUAGUGGUUAGUGCUUAUGUUUGAGUUGUGUUUUCAGGACAAGAAGCAUAUGGCCUUGGGGAGUUUGAUUCAUUUGCUCAUUUGGAUUGAUAUUUGAUUGAUGUUGGUUAACAUUGAUUGGUUUUGUAGGUUGCUUUAGCUCAUUUGAGUUGAGCUUGUGCUUUGCUUGAUGCAUUGCUUGUGUACAGUUAACUGUUGACCUGUAAUUGUCUGUUUGACUGUUUGAGCUGUGUACUGACUGAAUUAGAUUGUUUUCAGGUACAUUAGUUGCUUAAGUUCUUUGAACUUGCUUUUGCUGUUGCUUGGUUGCUUAACCAAUUGAGGGAGAUUUUGAUUGAGAUCCUGGUUGAGAGAUUUCUUUGCUCAGACAUGAGGACCGGCUUGAAGGCUGAUGUUGUUUACAGUUUCUUUGACCCAGAGAUCAGUGGGCUAAAGGAGAUGAUAGCAUUGAUUACGCCCGACCAUGUGGGGAUGUUCAUAGAGGCAUACAGUGGUAUUCUGAAGAUAGUUUUCAGGCUCACAGACAGUGACAGGAGCGCCAUUCAUACUCUUCUCCAGUUCUAUGACACGGGCUUGAGAUGUUUCGUGUUCCCGGAUUAUUUGUUAGGACCUCUGAUGGAGGACUAUGCUAGCAUCCUGGGUGUUCAGAUCCGGGAUCAGAUUCCUUUCUGUGCCAUUAGGGGAGAGCCUGACAUCCUUGAGAUUUCUCGUGCUCUUUAUUUGAGCCCAGAGGUGACCAAGGGGGGUUUGAAGGAGAAGGGAAAGCUACCCGGUUUUCAUUUGAGUUUCUUGGAGGCUAAGGCCAAGGAACAUGCUGCUGUGAGUAAUUGGAAGACUGUCUGUGCCUUGAUUGCUGCGAGCAUUUAUGGGACCAUCUUGUUUCCUAACCAGAAGAGCUUCGUGGACCAUAAUGCUAUCAGGUUGUUCAUACAGAGGAACCCUAUUCCUACUCUGAUAGGAGAUGUCUAUUAUUCGGUUCAUAACAAGAACGAGAAGCGGCGUGGGGGUUUGAUCAGGUGUUGUGCCCAAUUGCUGUACAGAUGGUUUAUGGGGUAUUUGCCUUCCCGGGGUGCUUUUGCUUCUCUUGAUCCUAUAGUCAAGUGGUCAGUCAGGUUGAUGGGUUUGCGGGCCGCUGAUAUAGCUUGGACUCAUAACGGUAUGGCUGGACGGGAUUUCAUAUGCAGUUGUGGGAGUCUUCCCAAUGUGCCUCUUAUAGGAGUUCAGGGUUGCAUUAAUUACAACUCGGUGCUUCUUAGGAGACAGAUGGGGCUUGCUGUUGAGGGUCCUCCUCUCGGACGAGAGAUUCAGGAGUCCUUCUACUUCCCGAUUGAGGGCAAUCAGGCCAAGUUAAGACAAGUGUUGGAUGAGUGGCGCAACAUUCAGAGGAAGGGAAAAGUUCCUUUUGGCAAGGUUAAUAGCAGGUCUUUCCCUCUAUUUGAUGAUUGGCUUCAGAAGAGGAUAGAGAUCACACAUCUACCAUUUCCUGGAGGUGAUCCUUGGUGUCCUAUGAUUGAGGGUCCGCGUUCUUCUGUCAGUAUGGAGGAAUUCCUCGAGAUGAAGAGAGCCAGAGAUCAGUUGCUUGCAGAGAAAGCUGAAUUGGAGAUGAGUGUUGCUCGGAUUCAGAUGGCUAAUCAGGAGAUCAAAGUGAGGAUGGAGGAUCAGGAUAAGAAACAUGCCCUGGAAGCGAAGCGCUUUGAGAUGGAUACUGCUUACUAUGGGAAGAUCAGCCAAGCCUUAGCGUCAUCGACAAAGGAGCACGACAUCACUAAGGAGAAGCUAGCCAGAGCUUCAAAGGCCAUUGAGGAUGAGAAGAGAAGGCAAAUCCUCGUGAGGGAUUAGAGGGAAGAUAGAGUCAGAGUCCUCAUCACUGAGUGGGAGGCAAAGCUGAAGAUUAAGGAAACGGAGAAGGCAAAGAUCAUCGCUGAGAGAGAUCACUACAUUGCUGAGAGAGAUCAUUACUUCAGGCAGAUGAAGAUUCACCAGAAGGAGGUGGGGAGAUUACAACAGGAGAACACCGAGCUAAGGUUCGCCGUAGAGUUUGCGAAGAUGGCUGAUGAUAUAGGGCCUGCUGUGGGACCCUCAUCAGGGUAGACCUUUCUUAUUUGUGUGGAUUACCGUCAAGCCUGUUGACGGAAUUCACUUGCUUGUA